AUGAGGAGUGUAUUAUUUCUUGGGCUCGCCGCUUCGGCUCUCAGUGCAGCUAUUCCACGUGAUGACCCAGACAACCACGGCAUAGAGGAUGACGACUUUGUAUAUGUCAAAGGUCUACGGCUAUACGACUCGGAAGGUCUACAUUAUCUCACUGGUAUGAAUUACUGGGCUUGUAUGAACUUAGCAGCAGAUGAAUCUACCGGAGGCAACUAUUCGCGCUUGGUCGCGGAGCUGGAUCAAAUGGCUGCGAAAGGCAUCAACCAUCUUCGAAUCAUGGCCGCUUCAGAGGGUGCCCCAACAACGCAACCAUUCAGGAUGAACCCAGCGCUUAUGGAGGCUCCGGGUCAGUACAACAAGGAGAUCUUCAAAGGCUUGGACGUGUGUCUCGCUGAGAUGUCGAAGCGCGGUAUGCGAGCCACCAUGACGUUAAACAACGAGUGGCAAUGGAGCGGUGGAUUCGCACAGUAUGUAUCGUGGGCACAGAACAACUCGAUAAUUCCGUACCCGUCUUCCUGGAACCUCUCUGCGUCACCACAGCGCGAAACGCCUAAUACAGGAUGGGGAAGCUACACUACCCAAGGUAUCGAUGCUGCGCCAUACAACGAGUUUACCGACUUCGCAAACUUGAUCUACACCAACGAACAGGCUGAAGAGUGGUACAAAGCCCACAUCAUGACGGUGAUGCAUCGCCGAAACACCGUCACUGGUAAAUUGUAUAUUGAGGAUCCUGUCAUCAUGACAUGGCAAUUAGCCAAUGAGCCACAAGCAGCAUUUCCAACACUAAACGAAAACCUGAAAGAUCCGCUCUUCGCAUGGGUGGAGCGCAUUUCAGCAUACAUUCGCUCUAUGUCUCCGAAGCAGCUUGUCAAUGUUGGCUUCGAAAGCAAACAGGGAGAAUGGUACUUCAAGAAAGUGCACAAUUUCAGUACUGUGGACUACGCCACGACGCACUGCUGGGUCCAGAACUGGGGCGUAUAUGACAUGUACAACCCCAGCCCAGUGAACUUGCAGACUGCUCAGAGCUUUGCGAUAAAUUUCAUGCAGGAAUCGAGUCGGUGGAGUGCUGACAUUGGGAAACCGAUCUUCCUGGAAGAAUUCGGCAUGGCGAGAGAUAAUUGGGAAAAUAAGGAUAAGGAGUAUCCUUAUCUGAGCAGUGCUUCAACAAACAACAAGGACGCAUACUUCCAGACCAUUAUUGGCACCGUCAUGGACGAGUUCCGUAACGGCGGUGCCUAUGUAGGAACGUCUCCGUGGGCGUACGGCGGCGUAUACCGUCCCGAAACGCAGCAUGUCAAUGAGUUUGGCAUGGUCUGGGCUGGUGAUCCGCCGCAUGAGAGCCCGGGCUGGUACGAUCUCUACGAUACGGACACUGCGAUGGACGUCGUCCAUUCCCAACAGAAGGUUAUUGCAGAGUGGAUCCAAAAGAACGGAACCAAUGCGACGCAGAUAUGA